AUGUUACCGAUACACGGAAACAGCUUACCUUCAUCUUCUCUUGUGAUAGCAAAGUAUAUCAAACAUGCUUUCAGUUUAAUGUAUGAAAUUUCCUUAUAUGAUAAACGGAAUGCAAUUUUCUCGUCGUCGUCGUCAUCAUCAUCAUCAUCAUUACCUAAUAGUUAUGAUGGAAUUGAUGGGAAGCUUAUUGUUGAGCAAUUGAAUUUUAUGUGCUGUCAUUGGUACCAUGUUGAUCGUAUUGUCAACACCCAUGAAUCAUUCAAUAGUAAAUGCCAAAUUAGUUCAUCACUUCUAGAUGUAUCUCAUGAAAAUUUAAAGAAUUCAGUUAUAUAUGGUUUAGGUUGUUCGUUGAAUCGAACACUAGAAUUUCAUACUUUGGAUUCGUUUUUGCAACCGAAAUUGGCUUGGGAGAUUGGAGGAUAUUUGAAAGACUCUGAUUGGCUUGGUCCUGAUAAAUGGGGUGCUGCAAUUAUUGACAUGCAGAAUGAAAACGUUUAUCGCCUUGAAGAAGCCGUUACUUUUCAAUCUUUGACUCGAUUUGUAGCGGGAUUUCACAAUUCCACCUACAACCAUGGUUAA